UGUGUUAAGAGGAGGCGCGGCGGACCUGCACUGCUAUCAACUAUAAAUGUUUCCAACGGACCGAUGCAUGAUCAGUCUGCCACAACCAGCACCAUCAAAAGGAGUUCAAGGUUUCGAGGGGUUAGCAGGCACCGAUGGACUGGCCGUUUUGAAGCCCAUUUGUGGGACAAGGGGUCUUGGAAUGCGACACAAAAGAAGAAAGGAAAGCAAGUUUAUCUUGGUGCCUAUAACGAGGAGGAAGCAGCAGCAAGAGCAUACGAUCUAGCGGCAAUAAAGUACUGGGGACCUACCACUUUCACAAAUUUCCCGAUAUCCAACUAUGAGAAAGAGAUUCAAAUAAUGCAGAACGUAACAAAAGAAGAGUAUCUAGCUUCAAUAAGACGGAAGAGCAAUGGUUUCUCAAGAGGUGUCUCCAAGUAUCGAGGAGUCGCAAGGCAUCAUCAUAAUGGAAGCUGGGAAGCAAGGAUUGGAAGGGAUUUCGGAAACAGAUACCUCUACCUCGGCACCUACAGCACCCAAGAGGAGGCUGCCCGUGCCUACGACAUUGCAGCAAUAGAAUAUCGUGGGAUUCAUGCUGUGACCAACUUCGACUUGAGCACAUAUAUCAGAUGGCUAAGGCCAGGAGGGGACGACGCUUUGAGUAGCUCCCAAAAGCAUCAUUCCAAUGGUGUACACCAAUUGGUGCAGCCUUCCAUCAUCCUUUGGGAUGGUGAGGCUGAGCCACUCCUGCACCACAACUACAUGGAAGACAUGAACUCAGAAUGUAAGCAAGAAUUUACGUCCCACCAAAUGUUUGGCAGUGGUUCAUGCAACAGAUCCUCUCCCACCGCACUAAGCCUCUUACUAAGGUCCUCGAUGUUCAAGGAGCUUAAAGAGAAGAACUCAAAUGCAUGCAAUGAGAUGGAUAGAUAUGAACCUGAGGAUAAGCGACGACAGCUGAUAUCUGGUGAUGAUUGCUGUGAGAUCUAUUACCAUGGAAUUGCAAAUGCACCAUCUAUUUUCUCUCCGAAUGAAAACAAGGCAAGUGUUGAGCAACAAGAGGGUGCUGCCAUCCAUGAACACAUAGAGCAGUCCUUUUGGAAUUGCCUGGAUUCAGUAGUUAAUGACACAGCUGCCUGGAUUCAGUAG